AUGGUUGGAAAGGGAUUCUUCUUACUUUUGGUCUCCGUGGCUACCGUAGCCGCCGAGUUGGGCUGUGAACCUGGGUGGACGCUGGGCAAAGGCACUGAUCAGUGUUACAAGCGCGUCGACGGCCUCGCCGACUACGACAAGGCGUUCGAAAUCUGCAAAGGCCUUGACGCCGGCCUGCCCAACAUUCACUCGCAAGCCGAGAAUGACGUGAUACACUCACAGGCU